AUGACUGCGGCACCUACUCCCCAGGUCUUGUGCUUUGACGUCUUUGGCACCGUUGUCGACUGGCACGGCACGAUUGUCAAGGAGAUGGCCCACAUUGCACCUCAAGUCGACGGCAGCAAGUUUGCCAACGCCUGGCGCCAGGGAUACGCUCCUGCCAUGAAGGCCACGAUGGAUUCGGGUCAAUGGCGCCUCCUUGACGAGCUCCACAUGGACAUUCUGAAGAGUAUCUGUCCCCAAUUUGGGCUCGACUUGACUGCCGAACAGCUCGACCACCUCAACCAUGUCUGGCACCGUCUCGACGCUUGGCCCGAUUCGAGCACGGCCCUCAAGCGGCUGAAGACCAAGUUUACCCUCUCUCCCUUGUCCAAUGGCAGUAUUGGGCUGCUCACACACAUGGCCAAACGCGCCGACCUGAACUGGGAUGUGAUCCUCUGUUCCGAGGUCUUCAAGGCUUACAAGCCUGAUCCGCGGACUUACAACGGCGUCGGCAAGGUCCUCGAGGUGCCCAACGACCGCGUCAUGAUGAUAGCAGCCCAUCACUCCGAUCUGGACGCGGCGCAGGACUGUGGCUUGCAGACGGCCUACAUUGAGCGGCCGACAGAGUAUGGUGCCGACAACAUCAAGGAUGUGACUCCGCAGCCGCGACACCCCCUUCACUUUCGCAACUUGGGUGAAGUGGCUGAUUACUUUGGCUGCUGA